UUACCAUGAUCAUGGACAAUCCGAAAAGCACCCUGCUGAAGCAGAUGCUGAUGCGGGCCUGGAAGGAACGCUGGACCGACUGCCAGUGGGGCAUCAACGUGAAGACGGUUCUCACGCGAGGCGUCAGCGGCGACGUGUACAACUUGGCCGAUUGCAUCCUCCAGCAGGCCGUCGUCGGUUCCGGGGCCAACACGCUCUUCCUGUCCUACCUGAAGCACUCGCUGUGCGCGCACCUGAUCUCGCACGCGGCCGUCCUGAAGCGGAUCGCAAAGUUUGAGCACCUGGACCGGUACCACUGCCUCGGGGAGUUGCUGGAUUUUCUGGAGCAGAUCAUCGGCGGGGUAACGUGCCGAGGCAAGCAGGAAGAGGGCGCGCUGACGAAGGCGAUGCUGGCCCUCGUCUACUGGUUGAUGCAGAUCUAUGAACACGCGCUCGAAGUUUUCAGCGAGAACAACCGAGCGCUCAACAGUGAGCAGCAGCAAAUGGUUGAAAAGUUGGGUUUGGUGGUGGAAAAGCUAGCCCAAAGUCAAUUCCUGCUCGGGGUCGUUUACGUGGGCAAGUUUGAAGACCCGGAGCUGUACGGACUGUUGGUAAAAAAGUACGAUUUGAUCGACAAUCUGACGGCGGCGUCCGGGUUUAUCCCACCGGUGGUCAGCCAGAAGAACGUCACCAUCAACGACUACCUCCGAAAGGCCGCGCUCAUCGACAGUGACACGCUUGAAAUGAAGGAGUUCGACGGAAAAGGCAUCGAACCAAUCACCUACUGCCUACAACCCCUAAUAGCGAUCGAAAUCCUCUUCAACCCAAACUGCGACACCCAAACCUACGUCGCCGAGUUCAUGUCGAUUCAACGCCUCAAAGGCUACACCCUCUCCCGGCUCUACUGCGAAAUCAUCCGCGCCUGUCUCAUCUCGCUGAACAACGUCAACGGAACGACCCGCGAGUCCUUCAUCUGCGCCUUCACCUUCAUCAAAGUCCCGCACAUCCUCCGCCAGAUCCACAUGCAAUCGCGACUGCUCAACCCAACCGAGUACGAGGAAACCGCCAAGCUCGACUACUCGCCGGAAAUCGUCGAAGCGUUCGAGCUCCUACUCCAAGAUUCGCCCAUCCUCGAUCUGAUGGACGCCCGGUGUGCGUGCAAUACGGUCGAGUGUCUCCUCAACGAAAUGCUCAAAAAUCAUCUCAUCAACGAGAAGCAGAUGAAGAUGAUUGCGGCGAGGAGGGAGCAGGACACGACCGGGCUGCAGAAGCUGGAGCUCAACACCAACCAGCACUCGAUUGUGAAGUUUGUGUUCCGGGCGGAACCGCCGCUGGUCGGGAUAUUGAAAACGCUUGGCUCGGACUAUAACAAGGUACAGGAAGCGCUGCUUGGGAUGUUGCUGCAGGUGCUGUCAGGCAACAGCUUCGAGCUGAUCCUCUCGGUGGCCACCGUCCAGGGCAAGCUGAAGACGUUCAUCUCCGGUCUGAUCAAGUGCAACGAAGCGUCCAAGCAGAUCCCGGGCGAAAUGGGCAAGGUGGCGCUGGCGCGGGCCGCCCUCUUCGACGUGUCCUUCCUGAUGCUGUCGUUUAUCGUGCAAAGCUACGGCUCCGAAGUGGUGCUGGCCGAGAACGGGGACUCUUUCUUCGAGAAGUGGGUCCGCGAGUGCCUGGUGGAGAAGCACAAGUCCAAGUCGCCGGCGGUGAUGGUGAAGCUGUGCGAUCAGAACAAGGUGGACGAGCUGAUUGUGAGCUUGAACUCGCCGGAGGGGUUGAAGGGUUCGUCGCUCAAGUGGCACGAGAUUUGCGCGAACAUUCCGGGACUGCUGUACCAGGUGCUGAUGGCGUGGGAGAAUGAGACGCUGUCGACGCCGGAGAUUAAGAAGUUUUUGGACAGUCUCAAGUCGAGGUUUUGUUGCUUUUCGGUUUGCGCGACUUCGUGGCUGUGUGCCUAUAUGCAGGUUGUUCGCCAGGACGAGCUGCUCAAGCCGAUGAACAUGGUGCAGCAGUUUCUGACCGCGGUCAGCGCCGAUGAGUUGAUGCAGCAGGAGAACUUUAAGGAGCGGCUUGGGCUGACGGUACAAAUUGUGCGGAAAAUGCAGCAGGACUUCCAGCGUCUGCCGGGGACGAGUCCAAAACUUCGAACAAUGCUGCAAUCUCAGAACUUGGUCUCGCAAAACCCGCUGGAAGAACAGUUCGAGGAGGUUUGGAAGAACGUGUCGGAACGAGGUUGGUUGCCGAUCGAUUCGACGCUGGUACUGGAGAAUCUGCUUCAAUCUUGCGGACCGUUUUGGCUUGUUGAUAAACUUGUGCAGCAGAUCUUCCACUGCAAGUACAUUCGGGAGAUGAACAAAACGAUGGACAUUGUGUUUGCGAUUAUGCACCUGGAUAUUGAGCGGUGCACGAUCGCGUUGCUGUCGCAGCUGGUGCCGAUGAUGUUGCUGAACAAGUUGCAACUCUCCGAGAUCGUCGACCCCUUCUCGCGCGUCCUAGCCAAACUGUGCGUGUACUGCAUCGUCGCAACCAUGGAAGCCCCCACCGGGCCCCUCUCCAAGAAGCGCUCCCGAGCCGCCAUCGACGGCGACGACCUGCUGGCGGAUGGCCUCUGCCCGACGCCCAAGAUGCGCAAAAUGGGCUCCGAUUCGUGCGACUCCAGCUCGAGCGACUUUAUGCUGGAACACGCGGCUGCGGCGGCGGCCGCCGUUGCCUUCGCCACCAAGGAGGCCGCUUCCGGUGGGGUCAGUCUGCGGGAACCGCUGCAGGGCUGCCUGCAGACGCUGUUCCGGACGUUCGCGCAGUACAUCGUGUCGGACGAGCUGUCGCCGAAGAUUUACUUCAUGUUUCAGUUUUUGACGCUGCUGGUGGAGGUCGGGAGGGAGCGGGUCAAGCCGGUGCUGAAGCUCAUCCCGAACGGGCUCGUGCAGAGCAUGCUGAAGAUCAACGCGACGGACGACAUGACGGUUGGGUUUAUUUUGAGGUUGUACGAUCUGAACGCCACGACUGGGAGAACGUUCGCCAUGUCGGACCUGUGUCUGUUCCGGAACAUUCAGAUGCGGAAGGACAGUAUCAAACUAUACGACUUCUUCAACGGCGAGUACAACGGCUGGAAGAACUCGGUCCGGCACAACCUCAGCCUGAACGAGUGCUUCAAGAAGCUGCCCAAGGAGUGUGGCAAACCGGGCAAGGGCCACUACUGGACGAUCGACGCUUCCGCCGAGUACAUGUUCGAGGACGAAGGCAGUCUGCGACGGCGACCACGUGGCUUCCGCCGGAAGCAACAACUCAAGGCGUACGCCGGUGGUGGCGGAAGUGCGUUUUACCCGACGGGGAGUGCCGUGGGGUAUGAAAUUUCCGUUCCGGAUUUGCCCGGCGGUGGGUACAUCUCGCAACCUUACGGAACGUACGGAGAUUACUCCGCGCCCAACGGCGCUGGUCAGUCGGCGUUUGGGACGGCCGCGGACUCGUGGCAUUACCCGUCCCCGGAAGGGCUGAGUCAGUACUCGAAGAUUACGCACACUUCGCUGCACGAGCCACAGCCGCCGGGUUCACCGGGAUCGGGCCAGCAUCAGCACCAACAGCAACAGUCGCAGCAUCCGCAGCAGCAGAAUCUAGACUACGGCAACUACUCGUUCGCGCCCAGUCCGUACAGCAUCGAUAAUGGUCUCAAGAUGGCAUCCCUGUCCCAACAGAUGGCACCAUCGGUAAUUGCGCCAUCAUCUUCACCACCAAACCUAUCGCCCACAAGCGCAGGUGUCGUCACGAUGGCAGCGUCCCAGCACCAUCAACAGGAGGCCAUGGAUUGUGGUGGCAAGGUGAUAACCGGUUAUGCUGGCAGCAGCACCAGCAGCCAUUCGUCAAUGUUGCCACAGCAACCGCAGCAGCAGCAACACCAUCACCAUGGUCACCACUCACACCUGCACCAUCAUGGGGGUGGGCCCAACGUGGGACUCAACACGGUGCUGACCUCGACCUCCGUGCACCAGUAUGACCAUGGGGUCAAGUUUGUUAACUGAGAUUUUAGGAAAAGCAAGAAGAAGUUUUGAAAGUACUAGUAGAAUUAGACAUUUGAAACCAAGUGGCUGCAAAUUUAAUGCGAUUUUAUUUUUUAGUUGUGAAUAAAUGACACCAAAGAU